CCAGAAUCUUGCAUGGAAAUUUCCACAAUGGUUGAGGUACGCAUCGAAAAGAAUCACAAAAGUUUGGGUGCCCGCCCAAUAAAAUGCGAAUCCCGUCUACGUGAAUUGGAACAGCUGUUGCGUACCGAAGAUUCCCCUAUCGAAUUUAUGUGCCAUGCUUUGGGUAUUGGCCCCACUGAGAAGGAUGAAUUGGAUUUGCAUUUAUUGCAAUCGUUCCAAAAGAACAUGCCACCCAAUUUCCAUUUAUUGAAUGGUCCGUAUGAAAAGCAAUCCCACUUUCUGACAAUGCGUGAAACUAGUCCUGAAGAAUAUCCUACCCUUUUGCAUUUUGCUGCACGUUGGGGUCUUAAUCGUUUGUGUAUGCAAUUGAUGGAAUGCCCUGGUGGUGACACUGCCUGUGGCAUAAGAAAUUGUGCUGGCAAGACGCCGGCCGAACUGGCUGAUAUGGAGGGACAUCAUAAAUUGGCACGCAAUAUAAUGAGCUUUUCCGAAUUCCAUGAACUCACCACAAUGUAUCAUUAUUUCAAGGGUUUGAGCACAAAUGAUACCAAGAGUCAGCAACAGGUGGCUUCAGGAGCAACGGCAUGUGGAAAGGCGGCUGGUAAUACAAAGGUAGUUAUUGAGGCUGUUAAAUCUCAUCCUGCAUCACCAAAGACCAAGCAGCCAAAAUCACCCAAAUCCCCCAAGGUACGUGAUUUACCAGCCGAUCAACAGGCCGAAUAUAUGGAAAUGUCAAGUGGUUCGGACAGGGAAAAUACACCAGAAACAAAACCAAAGCAGGAGAAGGAAACCAUGGCCAUAUCAAAUCUCAAUUACAUUAGUGUAGAGACAGAAGAGGAAAAUCUGCAAGGCUCUUCGGCUGAUGUUUGCAAAAAUUUCGAUUCCAAUAAGGUGGUUACGACACCUGAAAUUACAUCCAAUGAAUUGAACAUUAGUGAACCUCCAUAUUAUGCCUCAAAGGAACAAAAUAAGGCUGCCUCCACAUCGAAAGAUGUCACCGAUGCUCCCAUCUAUCAAACUGAUAAAUUUAGCCAAGAAUGCUCCCAAUUGUUGGAAAAUUGUACCAGUACCGCCGCCAAUAAUGAUUAUGUUUUACAACCCUCAAAUGUACCAGUACCACCAAUGCAGCAGCAGCACCAACAACAACCCACUUCCCCCACCAACACCGAUGAUGGUAAUUAUUUAUUCCAACCUUCAAAUCGUCCAGUUGAGGAAGAGUUCUUGCAUCAAUCGAGACAGAGUUUGAAUCGCAUGGGUUCCUCCACACGUUUGGCUCAUCAACCCACCUAUGGCACUUUGAAGCGCUCGGUGUCUGAUGCCUCCUCCUCGGCCAGAGCUAAUGUUGAUGAUGAGCUAGCUGAAAUUAUGCAUGACUUUAAAAAUAAUGUCCUGUCCAUUCGCGAGGUAGAGGUUUUGGUCGAAAAAUGGAAACAUCGCAAUGAUGUGCAACAAAGUUUCCGUGAGAAGCAAGAUCAAAUCGAUCAACUGAGAAGGGAGUACGAACGUAUCCAGGAUCAAAUACGCCAUCAUUUGAAACGUGAAACACCAUUUGAAAAAAUCAAGAAAUUAUUUUCACGUCACAAGUCCACCUCGAAUUUGCAUCACGAUAAAUCUUCAUGUGUUGACAGUGUUUUGGAUGAAACCAAAUCAUCGAUUACAACCUCUUCCAGCUUCAAAUCAUCUGCUAGACCUAUUAGCUCCUUGAGUUUACAAUCCGUGUCGUCAUCUUCUUCAUCGGGACGUUUGAGUACCGGCAGCAAUUGCAGUGGUACUUCGCUGGGAGAUUCUGGUACCCACUCAGAUCAUGAUGAACGUAGAUUUGGUUGCCGUCUAGCUUCACCGGGUAUGGAUAACUAUUUAGUACCACCCACACCCAGACCGGUCUACACCCCGAAUUCCACCCCUGGCGAUGAAAGACAUCAAAUUGUAUUCCCAUCCCCAAUGUCAUCGUGCACAAAACUCAACACACCCACCAGCCCUACAAGUUCCGAACAUUAUCAAAUGUUCCCCUCAAAUAUUCCCGUCUAUAGCAGUCAAAACCUCUCCUCAUCAUCAUCGUGUAAUAAUUAUCUAAAUACAAUUAUGGAGGCUAAACAGGAACAGGAGCAUAAUUAUCAAAAUGGUGUCACCCUGCAACCGAUCAAAUUAAAUGAGAGAUCGAAUAUUAUUUAUGGCAAGCUAACCAAAUCGAAUCCCAAAUGUUCGUCCUUUAAACCAAAACAAGUGGCCAUACCGCAAGUGGGAAGUUUAGAAAUUCAGGCUGAGGUAUAUCAAAAUGUGGGUGCAAAUUUGGAACCCCCGAAGGAAGAGACUGAGAACGCCAAAACGGAGGAUCAGGUUGAUGGAGCCAAUGGUGAUGAUCACAAUUAUAUGAAUUGUUAG